AUGAGCUCCACAUCGCCCGAAUCGAACCUGAGCCGCGCAGCUCGCUAUGCUGUUCCCUUCGCCCUGGUCCUUAUCCCCAUCUGGAGGACCAAAGUCAACGCCGAAGUCCCGCAGCCCUACCUGGACGAGGCAUUCCACGUCCCCCAGGCGCAGGCAUACUGGGCUCACAACUGGACGCACUGGGAUCCCAAGAUCACCACUCCGCCAGGCCUAUACCUGUGGUCUUAUAUCCUCUGCGCAGGACUGUUAGCUCUCCGCGGAUCUCCGACACAGCUCGACACAGAAGCUCUACGCACGACCAAUGUCGCGGCCUCGGCGGUGUUCUUGCCGUGGAGGCUGCAGACCUUGCUGGAUACAGUUCACCAGAUGCGAAAUACCCGACCACUGGGUGCGUGGUUGAGCCAUACGGUGUUGAAUAUCUGCUUGUUCCCCCCGCUGUUUUUCUUCUCGAGUCUGUACUACACCGAUAUCUUGGCUCUGUUGGUUGUUGUGGAGGCGUAUAAUUGGGAUCUGAAGAGAUCGGCUGUGAAGGGAUACGCUGUGCUGCAAACGUUGGUGUUUGUGUUCGUUGGACUAGCUGCGCUGGUCUGUCGCCAGACUAAUAUCUUUUGGGUCUCAGUGUUUCUGGGUGGGUUGCAAGUCGUUCGGAGGAUUCGGCAAUCUUCGGAACCUUGUAAAGAGUCUGAUUUUUCGGAUGUUGUUGCGCGAAGUCUGCAGAAUGAGGUUUACGAUCCUCUGGUCUCCGAGGCUUCCUUGGCGGACUAUUUCAAGACAGCCGUGUCUUUUGCUGCGGCGAGUCUUAAGCAGCCUUUUUCCGUUGUGGUUUCGAUUAUUCCCCACCUUGCAAUCCUUGGAGCUUUUGGUGCAUUUGUCCUGUGGAACAAUGGCGUUGUCCUCGGCCACAAAGAGUUUCACUCUGCUGGCUUGCAUCUCGCCCAGAUGCUUUAUAUCUGGCCAUAUUUCGCCUUCUUCUCCUGGCCCAUCAUCCUACUUCCUGUGAUCAACCUUCUGCUUCCAUCGGCCUAUAUCCCAAAGUACCUGAACUACGGGUUCCCUGACAAGCACAAGAGGCUGCCAAGUAUUGUGGCUAUCUUUCUUGCCAUUCCAGCCAUGCUUGCCGUGGUCCAUUUCAACACCAUUGUGCACCCCUUCACUCUGGCCGAUAACCGCCACUACGUUUUCUAUGUGUUUCGCUUGUUGUUGAACUAUCACCCGGGCGUCAAGUACGCUGCAGUCGUAGUUUAUUUUCUCUGCGCGUGGGCCGUUAUCUCUGCUUUCGGAUUCUCAAUCAUCCAGGCCCCGCCCAAACUUGUUCAAGUCCCGCAGGCCUUGAAGCCCACAAAGGACCCCAAGAAAUCUCCCCGAGGGACUCGCACCACUAAAAAGAGCAGGCGGGUCCCGCCAGACGCCAUCUCUCCAGAAGCUCUCGCCAAAGUGCAGCAGCAUAUCCUCCAGCGCCAGAACGAGCAAGCAGGUGCACCGCAUGUCAGCUUCGUCCUUGUCUGGCUAACUGCUACUACCCUCUCCCUAGUGACGGCGCCACUGGUGGAACCGCGGUAUUUCAUUAUCCCCUGGGUACUGUGGCGCCUGCAUCUACCUCCAACGCCGACCCUUGCUCUGGCUCGGCAACGACGGCCACUCGAGGAGGGUGAGAUGGCCCGUGUGGACCUGGCUACCAAUGCCCCCAAGUUCUUGGAGACGCUGUGGUUCGUUCUUAUCAAUGCGGUGACUGGGUAUGUCUUCUUGUACAAGGGAUUCGGGUGGCCGCAGGAGCCGGGCAAGAUUCAGCGGUUUAUGUGGUGA